CCUGGCCGCAUGUGUGUCAUCUGGUGUUUUUGAAUCAAAUCACCGUAUCGCUCAGAUCCAAAGUUAUAUGUAUUUUGUAUACGUCUAAUCGUUCCUGUUUCUAUUAUCGAAAAUAAGUUAAUGAUGUCCGGACUUAAGAGCCCAGCUGAACAAAGUAAACGAAACUGAAAACGGUAAAGGCUUUAGCCUCUGUGUGCGACAUUGACUUAGGUAAAGAAUGGGAAAGAAGAGGGGGAAAGACAGGAGCUGCAGAGAGGAUGAAGACGUUGAGUUCACAGGUCCUUCCUGCAGACAUAUUAGGAAAGGCACUGACCAAACUCUUAUAAAGAAACUGCCUGCUGUUUCUGAUUGGACGAGAUGUCAAGAAUGCAAGCCUGAGGACAAUAAAGAAAAUAUUAGUAUGACCAAGUCAGAGGAAUCUGAAGAGGAAACAGUUCCUUUAUGGAUGUGCUUAAAAUGUGGACAUAGGGGGUGUGGGAGAAAUUCUGAGAACCAGCAUGCCAUCAAGCAUUAUGAAACUCCUCGGUCAGAUCCACAUUGCCUGGUGGUCGGUUUGGACAACUGGAGUGUGUGGUGUUACAUAUGUGAUGAUGAGGUCCAGUACUCAGGUACAGGGCAACUGGCACAGCUGCUGACCAUCCUGAAAAAACAAUUUUCUACAGAUCCCAUGAAGAGACCUCAGAAAAGAGUGAAAGAGGAUGUGGAUCUGAUGGAAAUUAAACCAGAGACUGAAGCUGUAAACACAGAGGAAAGUGAGGACAAUGAGAACAAAGAUGGCAGCAACAGGCGGAAGAAAAACAUCAAAAAGGAGAAUGCUGUAAAACCCCAAAACCAUAGCGCACCCGAAGAAAGCUGCAGUGUUCCAGUGAAAGGGUUGAGCAAUCUUGGAAACACGUGUUUCUUUAACGCAGUCUUGCAGAAUCUUUCUCAAACUCAGCUCUUGAGACAAAUUCUCAACAAAGUAACAGAAGAGAAAAUGAGCCUCGACAUUAAACCUGACGCCUCCUUGAAUCUGGAGCCCAUCCUAGUGCAGUUAGACCAGCCUGGGUCUCUUACAUUGGCUAUGUGUAAGCUACUCAAUGAGAUCCAGGAGUCUAAAAGGGGUGUGGUAACGCCGCGCGAGUUGUUCACACAAGUUUGUAAAAAGGCUGCCAGGUUUAAAGGAUUUCAGCAGCAAGACAGCCAGGAGCUUCUCCGCUACCUGCUGGAUGGGAUGAGAGCUGAGGAACUUAAAAGAGUAAGCACGGGAAUAGCAGAGAGUUUGAAACAGUCAAGUAAAGUUUCAGAUGAAGAAAAGAUAAAAGCUGCAGUUAAAGAGUAUGAGAAAAAUGGAGUUCCUAAAAACUUUGUGGAUCAGGUUUUUGGCGGUGAAAUGACCAGCACGAUAAUGUGCCAGGAGUGCAAAACGGUGUCUGUUGUCACAGAGAUGUUUUUGGAUCUUUCCCUUCCUGUUUCCGAUGAGGCGUACAGAAAGAAAAAAACCCAAAAAGUGUUGCCUAGGACCAGUGAAUCAAGCCAAGAUGAGAGAAACGGCUCUGAUUUGAUCAGCGAGAAUGACAAUUCUACAACUGUGGGCAGCAGCAAGUACCAACAGAAAAAGGCUAAAAAGCAGGCAAAGAAGCAAGCAAAGCAUCAGAAACGUCAGCACAAGCUUGAAACCAGAAUAACUUUAGGAAAUCUGACAUCUCCAAGCAACGCAGACGGUGACCAAAUUGAUGUUACAGAAGAUGCAAAGGACACAGAGAAUGCUGACCAAAUGCCACAUGAGGAAGUCUCACUGAACGAACAAGAUCCUAAACCUGUCUGUGAAUUUGAGCAGGAUCAGAAUGUCGAGCAGGAGAACGGGGAAGACAAGGAUUCACCGAGUGACGAUGUCUCAUUAGCUGACUCGUCAGUCAGCAACCGUUUUACUGUCUUGUCAGAGGAGCAGCACUCGCACGACAGCACUUCAUGUAACGAAACGUCCAACACGGAUCUGGAAGGAGAACUGGACACACAGUUGGCAGGUCAACUGCAACAAGUGACUCUGAAUGAUGCAUUCAUAGAGGAUCUCGAUUCCAUGGAUCCAGCCGAAGAGAGUGAAGACGAAGUGGAGUACACCAUAAUAAACCAAGACCCAGAGCUGGCCUUCAACACCCUGUCCACCAGGACAAGCCCAGAGAAACAAGAGUGUUCUGUGCAGUCGUGUCUUUUUCAGUUCACCGAAGUGGAAACGCUCACACAGAACAAUAGCCUGCUGUGUGUCGCUUGCACUAAGCGACAUAAGAAAGGCGAAAAAACUGGAGGAUCUAAAAAGAACAUCUACACUGAUGCCUUGAAGCAAAUGUUGAUCUCCUCCCCACCGUCUGUACUUACCCUUCAUAUGAAAAGAUUUCAGCAGAACGGUUACAGCAUUUGUAAAGUGAACAGACACGUUCAGUUUCCUCUGAUUCUGGAUCUUGCUCCCUAUUGUGCAGCCAAAUGCAAGAAUAUUUCUGAAGGAGACACUCAGAUUUUGUACAGCCUGUAUGGCGUCGUAGAGCACAGUGGGACUAUGAGGUCAGGUCAUUACACAGCCUAUGUAAAAACUCGACCCGACUCUCUAAAAUCCUCAUCAAAUGGUAAACAAGGAGAGACAGACCUUCCCAGAGGAUCCUGGUUCCAUAUCAGUGAUACUAGUGUUCAACCUGUCAGUGAAAGUAAAGUUCAGAGCUGCCAAGCCUACCUCCUGUUCUACGAAAGAAUCCUCUAAUUUAACUGUGCAUAUAUAUACUCAGGAAAGACCAACCGACUUGCUGCUUCAACUCCAUGCACAUGAAAUCCUAUCUUGGACUUGUAUAAGUUUUGCAUAAAGAAUAUUUGACCAAAAAAA